AUGUCAAAAUUUUAUACAUUUACUGUUUUUUUACUUAUAAGUGUAUUAUAUUUAUCAAUAUCUGAAGCAUGUUUUUCAUCUGGAGUAUGUGGUGGAGGUUGUGGUGUACCACCUCCAGCACCUGUUUGUUCUUCAGGAUGUGGUACAGGAUAUGCAUGUGGUCAAUAUGGAUGUUAUAGAGUUCGUGCACGUGUUGCAUCAUCUAAAACAUUAAAAAUUGAUGAAGAUGGUGAUAGAAAAAUAUUAAAUCCAGAUCAAAGAUUUAUGGCUUGUUGUCAAGCAAGAAAUCUUCCAGAUUCAUGUAUUGGUAAAUGUACAUAUGCAACAUAUACACGUCAAGCACUUCAAAAUAUGUAUUUCCGUACUGAUAGUUGUCCAAUGCAAGCUGCUGCUGAUAUUCAAUAUUGUGCUGCUGAAGGUAAAGAUCAUCGUGAUUGUUGUUAUAGAAAUGGUAUUACAACAACUCUUGCUGGACCAAAAUGUCUUACAUUUUGUGAUCAACGUCCAGGAAAUAUUACUAAACUUGAUUUUAGUUAUAUGCCAUGUUAUGAUAGAUUUGAAAAUAUAAAACAAUGUUUCUAUCAAGCUGUUAAUAAAGCUAUUAUUGAAGAACAAAAUGAAGAAGUUGCAGAAGAAGUUGAUGACUCUUAA